AUUAUAAUGAUCCAUUGGGAUUUCCUUUUGAAGAUUUUCACAGUGGACUUGGCUCCCAAUCAUUGGGAGUUUCCAGAGAGAAGCUUCGGACAAAUCUCAAAACUAACGAGAUACCACCUGAAGUCCUCAUACUGGGGCUAAGCAACAACCUUGGGAACAAUGGUGUGAGGGUGAAUGAGGCCAAUGUGAUGGUCACGCCUGGAAAUUCUGGAGACAAAGUAAAAUCUAUUCCCAAUUCAGGAUCUGGGCAUAGUUUCCUGUCAAAUAAUUCAAAUGUUAAUUCAGGCAGGUCCAACAAGAAAAGGCCUUAUGCUUCAUCUAGACACAGUUGGAGUGGCCUUGAACCAGUAGCUGAGGAGAAUUCAUGGCAGCAACCGGACCUGAAUUUCAAGUUAGCUAGACUAUCUGAAAAUGGCCUGACACCUGAGAACGAUCUCUUCGUGGAAAGCAACCAAUCUUUAAUCCGCCUGAGUUCAAAAAAAAAUCUUCAAUCCACCCAUUGACAUGAUAACUGAUUCUAUUUGAAGGCAGCCAAGACACAUUUUGAUACAUCAGGAACCUCUCAAACAGAAUCCCUCAAUCAGCUGGCCUUUGUGUUGAACAAAAAGAAAGCAGCCCUUUUCUUCUAUCAAACUUGUGGUAUAUAUCAAUCCAUCAUGCUCCAAAUUUUUUAUUUUUUUUGAAAAAUCUCUUUCUCCACUUGCAAAAAUUUUGACUCGCUCCAAAUUUUUUAUUUUUUAUUUUUUUGAAAAAUCUCUCUCUCCACUUGCAAAAAUUUUGACUUAAGGAAUUUGAAAUAAGUGAACGCUUUCUUUUUGACAAUUCUCGCUUCUCGUGAUGUCAUAAGAGUUGAACACGAUUUCUGGAGGGCUGAAGAUGCGACAGAGUUAGCGCAGCAAGAAGAUAGUUCCAACUUGCCAAAACAUCUAGUUUAAUUAGUCGCGUUCAUCAUUUUAUAUGAAUUUGUUUUUACAGAAUCUGCUAAUUUUAUAGCUGGGCACAGGAUCUUGUGUUCCAAAAAAAAAUGCAUGUUCGUUGUUUGGUGCCUUUGAACUCAUGGUCACAUGAUUUAUUUUUAAUUGAUUUUAAAUUUUUAAAAAACUAGAUCCCAUCGACUAUCAACCUACAGCCUAUUUUCUUCAUCCUCCAUUUUUGACCUAUGUAGUUGUGCCACUCUUUGUUGUCUAGAAGGAAGACCUGGCCAAAAACAUAGUAUGGAGUUGUUAAACCUAUUUGAGAAUAAAGUGGCUCAAAGGUGUUUUUACAAGAAAUAUUAAUAAAGGGCCAAAGAUUGUAUAAUUUCGAGUGUAAAAACUGUAUUAAAAUGUGUAAAAAUUUGUAAAUUUACUUUA